UCAGAAAUGUAUGUUUGAACUCUACAAAAUGGAAACGCUUCCUCCUUCAUCGAAUCCAUCUCCCUCAUAUUGAAUUUCGUAUCUGGAAAAUUAUGUUACGUCCCGUUUUAGACAUACUGUAGAUCAUAACUCACCUAAACCGCCUGCGCAAUCUAGCUCUCCAGUAAGGCACUUACUGGAGUGCUGUACCUCUCAUUUCCAAUAACUUGAUCUGCCUGUUACCUCCAGGAGCACACUUCGCUCUUCGUGCUGAACGGCUAUGAAGACCUGGACCUGUUCCGGGAGCUGGACGUGGCCGACCUCGACUACCUGGGCAUCCGAGACCCCGAGCACCGAGCCAAACUGCUCACCGCCGUCGAGUUACUGCACGACUGUGACUACGACGAGGACGACGACGAAGGGGACGACGACGUGGACGACGACGACGACUGCAUCGUGGAGCGCGCCAGCGACCCGGGCGUGGUGCGCGUGGGCGGGCGGGGCCGGCACUCGCCGUCGGCCUUCCGUCGCCUGCAGUUCCCGCGCGACUCGGGCUGCUACGAGG